AUGGGCAUGGGAAACGGCCGGUACCUUGGUACAGAAUACGAGCUGUCUGGAUGGAAAUCGGAAUUGCGAUAUGUCAGAGAGCCGUACGAUGAUACAAUUGAGUACUCCGUACUGACAGUACUUUCUCGCAGACAACGUGAACUAGUCAGAUGCGCCGAGUCGCCAGAGAGCUCCCAGAGCUCCCCAGUAUUGCAUGACAACUUACAAGGGAACUUGAAAGAGCAAAGCCGCAGCGGGGAUUGUGGAGACCCACCGGAAUUAAUCGAGCUUUACGGAAACAACCUGGAGACCGACUGUUGA